GUAACAGGAAAACAGAUAGAUAGACUUUGACGUAGUUUAAACUUAUCCAUGUAUCAGGCUAUGUACCUAUAUAUACCUUCAUGCUACUAAUGAAUAUAAUCAAGCCUUUCACACUGAAAUCUCAGUUGGUAAAAUCGUGUUAAAGAGAGCAGCAGAGUAGCCUCUGAUUGUCGAACCAAAGAGGAGAGUUUGAGUGCUAAAUCAGAUAUACUGUUGUUGAAGCUAAUCAAAGACGUGAGAAGUUAACUUUUUUUAAUGUACUGAGAAGAAGAGGCAUUGCAGAGACUUGCUUAUAUCUAUUAAUUUGAAGAGCUUCCGUACAAUGAAGAUGAUGACGAAGGAAGAUAUAGUUAAAGGAUUAGGUAUUAGUAACAACAAAGGACGAGAUGCCCCGGUUAAUUAUUUGGGGAAUACCAAGGUUCUACCUCUCAUCGAUGUUGCACUAUCAUCUAGACACCAGUAUGUCAACGACGAAAAAAGAGAUGAGAAAGCUAAGAGCGACAAAACGAAUACCUUGUCGAAAAUGAAGGAGCUUAUAAGAUGGGCGGCUGCUGCCAAAUCUGAGAAAGGAGGGAGGUACAUCACUCGAAAGGUCUUGCAAUUUCGAGCUAGAGCAGCAUUAAAAUCAGUACCAGACGAUGGUCAGCUGAGUAAUGACUCGCCAAAGAUCAGUUUCAGAUGGGAUAUGGAGAGUUGCUCCACCACUUCAUCAUCUGUUUACUCUUGUCUAUCAAGGGCUUCUUCUAAAAGAAUCACAACCAAUCAGAAUAUGAUGAUACCUUAUUCUUCCAACUCGACUCCUCUUCAUCGCGGUGAUCAUAGUACUCCUGCUAAAUCAGGAAGCUGGAUCACCACGGACUCAGAUUUUGUGGUGCUAGAGCUUUGAAGACUAGAUCCGAGGAACGCGAAUUCCUGCAUUAUCCAUAGAAUUAUAUAUCUAAAAGCUGCUUCAUUCAGUACCCUUCAUGUUAAUAAAUUCAUUUUGUCGAAAGAUCAGACGAUAAAUUGAGCAUCUGAUAUGUUCUUGUACAAUGAACAUCAAUCUCUCCAGUAAUCAAUGAAGUUUUAACUCUCUUCCCAUAAAAUGUACUCUAGUAUUAUCAAUUUGAAUGCCUCAUCUUCACCU